CGCAGCAGCGGCAGCGGCAGCAAUGGCAGUCGGGCAGUGAGACACAUGCCUCAGCAGUCUGUGAGCCGAAAGCAUUUACCCUGAGGCCGAGAGAAGACACAUAACCAAAAUGUCUCGGCACAGAAAUGUUCGAGGUUACAACUACGAUGAAGACUUUGACGACGAUGACGUGUAUGGACACUCUGUGGAUGAUGACUACUGCUGCAUAUCACCAGCAACAGCGAAUCAGUUCAUCUACUCACGUCAAGAGAGGCAAGCACCAAGGGAAGAGCCUUUAGAAGAGGAAGAAUAUGAAGAUGAUGUUCCCAUGUCCCCGACCGUCAGCCACGACCUCGACCCUCUUGAUCAAGCCAAGCUGUAUUCCUGUCUGGACCAUAUGCGCACUGUGCUCGGAGAUGCAGUGCCAGAUUCAGUCCUGACCCAGGCAGCCAUAAGAUGCGGAUUCGACCCACAGAAGGCCCUGGAUGCAGUCCUGUCUGAAGACGCUAAGACGGCCCCAGUUACCAGAAGCACCAAUGAAGAGAUGGCUCCGGUAGCAAGAGUGGGUCAGGAGAAAGAGCCGCUUCCACAAAGAAUAAGACCAGAGGCAGGGAAAGCUAAAAUCAGAGAUGUGCCUCAGAAUAAACUGGACUCUGAAGUGGUACCCAAAGUGGCCCGCAUGACCGUCUCUGGCAAGAAGCAGACCAUGGGCUUUGACGUUCCCAGCGCAGGGGAGAAUGGCGUCGUCACCCCUUCUGCACGCCGAGGCGCCAGCCCUGAAAACGCCACUGCUCCCCCUGCUUCAGAGUCCACGCCCAAGCGUCCCGAGACUCCAUCGAAAGGGUCAAAUGGAGACGAGCCCCCCACAGCUCCCACCCCAGGCCGCUCCUCCGGAAAGGCUCGGCAGUCGAUCAAUAUCAAGGCUGAACUGGAGAAGAGGCAGGGUGGCAAAACUCUGCUAAAUCUGGUGGUUAUAGGUCACGUGGAUGCAGGUAAAAGCACGCUGAUGGGCCACCUGCUGUAUCUGCUGGGCAACGUCAACAAGCGCACCAUGCACAAGUAUGAGCAGGAAUCAAAGAAGGCGGGAAAGGCCUCCUUCGCCUAUGCAUGGGUCCUGGAUGAAACUGGGGAGGAGAGGGACAGAGGCGUGACCAUGGAUGUGGGCAUGACCAAGUUUGAGACCAACUCGAAGGUGGUGACUCUGAUGGACGCGCCGGGACACAAAGACUUCAUCCCCAACAUGAUCACAGGAGCUGCACAGGCCGACGUGGCGGUGCUCGUGGUGGAUGCCAGCCGAGGAGAGUUCGAGGCAGGCUUCGAGGCGGGAGGUCAGACCAGAGAGCAUGCCUUGUUGGUGCGCUCGCUUGGCGUCACUCAGCUGGCUGUGGCUGUCAACAAGAUGGACCAGGUAAACUGGCAACAAGUGCGUUUCAAAGAGAUUGUUUCCAAACUUGGCCAGUUUCUCAAGCAGGCAGGAUUCAAGGAGUCUGAUGUUUUCUACAUCCCCAGCAGCGGCUUGUCAGGAGAGAACCUCACAACCAGGAGCUCUGUGUCAGAACUCACCUCUUGGUACUCCGGUCCCAGCCUGCUGGAGCAGAUUGAUGCCCUCAAAGCCCCACAGAGAUCUGUAGACAAACCGUUCAGACUCUGCGUUUCCGAUGUGUUCAAAGACCAGGGUUCAGGCUUCUGUGUUACAGGGAAGAUCGAGGCUGGUUACAUUCAGACUGGAGACAGAAUACUGGCGAUGCCUCCCAAUGAAACCUGCACUGUCAAAGGUAUAACUCUACAUGACGAGGCUCUGGACUGGGCUGCUGCAGGAGACCACGUCAGCCUCACAGUCACAGGCAUGGACAUCAUCAAGAUCAACGUGGGCUGUGUGUUCUGCGAUCCCAAGGAGCCUAUUCGAGUGUGUACUCGAUUCAGAGCCAGAAUCCUUCUCUUUAAUAUCGAAGUCCCAGUCACACAAGGUUUCCCAGUAUUGCUGCAUUACCAAACCGUCAGCGAGCCGGCCACCAUUAGAAAACUAAUUAGUGUUCUACACAAGAGCAGCGGUGAGGUCCUCAAGAAGAAACCAAAGUGUUUGAGUAAAGGCAUGAACGCCAUCGUGGAGAUCCAGACUCAGAGGCCGGUGUCAUUAGAGUUAUACAAGGACUACAAGGAGCUGGGACGCUUCAUGCUCAGAUAUGUUGGCUCAACCAUCGCUGCAGGGGUUGUCACUGAGAUCAAAGAAUGACGAGCACUCCCAUCGACGCAGAGGCAAUCAGACCCUGCACAGGAAACUGCAUGCAGCCAGAGACAAAGUGCAAUUCCUCAAACGAUGUCCCUCAUGGACUCAGCGUCACAUUCAUCCAUCCACAUCUCCAUCCAGCGCAGCGGCUGCUUCGCCUGGCUGCUCCAAUCGACACUAACUGCACAGAUACCACGUGGCAAGACGCUGAGCAGCCUCCUCCGUCAAACUUCACAUUUCCCCGCGGUCUGCCUGUUUGCUUGUUAUUAAAAACCCUGUCGCUCUAAAUUCACUGUUUCAUCAAGUCAAAUCAAUAUAAUCCGACUCUGAAAGACAUUUUUAUCACGCCAAGGUUUCCACAGUGAUUAAUGUCACUGUACUGUUCAGGAAGGCGCCACUGCUGAUCGAUGAAUAGGCUCUCCUAAUCAAAACCGCUGACCUGAAAUGACUGAUUUAAAAUUCAGACAGAAAUGAAAGAGUGAGGUGUUGUGUUGUGCUGUUGAAAGCAAAACAUUUGAUAUUAUUUUUACCAUUAAGAAUGUUUCCAUCUCACAUGACAAAGCCGAGGGGACACUAGCAAAGUUUAUGAACAAAAAGGGAAACUUCAAUUUCCACCUCUGGACAAAGAGACGUAAUUCUCAUUUAUGUAAAAAGAAUAAGACUUGAAAUUCUUCUACAGUAAAGCACCAACAUGCUUUUUGAGCUGUGUUUCUUUUUCAAUCAAAACCUCGGCUAAGACGAGGAGGACGAGCUGUGUUUCUGUUUUCUCCAUGUGUUGGUGAAGGUGGUGUGAAGGACGAUGAUGCAAAAUGAACAUGACAUCAGUAA